AUGUCCGACUAUUCCAGCAAAAAAGUGGCCGAGCUCAAGGAGCUUUUGUCGGCCCGGGGCCUGGCUGUUUCCGGCAACAAGGCCGAUCUGGUGGCUCGAUUAGAGGAGGCCGACAAGGCCAUCCCGGCCGACAAGGCGGCGGCCACCGCUGAGGCUGGUGCUGCCGCCGACGCAGCCGUCGACGCGGCCGUGGAGGAGACUUCCUCUGCCACCGCGACUGCUCCCGAGGUGAUUGAGGUUGCCAAGACCGAGGAGUCCGCUCCUGCUGCUGAUGCUGCUGCUGCUGCUGCUGCUGCUGCUACCAAGGAGACUCCCUCGACCUCCACCGAAGCCAUCACCGUGGAAGACGACGUGGAGGAGACGGUUGUGGAGCUUUCCGAUGAGGACAAGCAGAAGCAGGCAAUUGAGGAUCUGGAAAAGCAGAUCAAGCGAAAGAAGCGGUUUGCGACCGGCGACAACGACGCAGAUAUCGCCGAGCUGGAAAAACAGCUGGAGCGAAUCAAGCGAUUCGGAGUGACUGCCGUCGCCACGAACGACCUGUCGCUGGACAAGGGCCUGGACACCUUGGCCAAGGGCCGACGAAAGGAGAGCGGCAAGGUGCGACGAGAGUCCGUGUCCGCCAAGGACAAGAACACAGCCCACCCCUACAAUAAGAGCGAGAACGGUCUCAAGCCCGGCGUGAAAAUUGCUACUGUGGACGAGGAGAAGAUCAAGGCCCGACAGGCCCGAUUUUUCCAGUAG